AUGCGAGCGCAGCCGCUCUGGGCCGCGGUGCUGGUGCUGGGGGCGCUGGCGGGCGUCGGCGUCGGAGGACCGAACAUCUGUACCACACGAGGCGUGAGCUCCUGCCAACAAUGUCUGGCUGUGAGUCCCAUGUGUGCCUGGUGCUCAGAUCAGACCCUGACUCAGGGAUCACCCCGCUGUAACCUGAAGGAGAAUCUGCUGAAGGAUAACUGUGCCCUGGAGUCCAUCGAGUUCCCCCUCAGUGAGGUCAGCAUCUUGGAGGCCAGGCCUCUCAGCGACAAGGGCUCUGGAGACAGUUCCCAAAUCACUCAAGUCAGUCCCCAGAGGAUUGCGCUCCGGCUCCGGCCAGAUGAUUCGAAGAGUUUCUCCAUCCAAGUCCGGCAGGUGGAGGAUUACCCUGUGGACAUCUACUACUUGAUGGACCUGUCUUACUCCAUGAAGGAUGAUCUGUGGAGCAUCCAGAACCUGGGUACCAAGCUGGCCUCCCAGAUGCGCAAGCUCACCAGUAACCUGCGGAUUGGCUUUGGGGCCUUUGUGGACAAGCCUGUAUCACCAUACAUGUACAUCUCCCCACCAGAGGCCCUCAAAAACCCCUGCUAUGAGAUGAAGACCACCUGUUUGCCCAUGUUUGGCUACAAACAUGUGCUGACACUAACUGACCAGGUGAACCGCUUCAAUGAGGAGGUGAAGAAGCAGAGUGUGUCACGGAACCGAGACAGCCCAGAGGGUGGCUUUGAUGCCAUCAUGCAGGCUACAGUCUGUGAUGAGAAGAUUGGCUGGAGGAAUGAUGCAUCCCACUUGCUGGUGUUUACCACUGAUGCCAAGACCCAUAUAGCACUGGAUGGAAGGCUAGCAGGCAUUGUCCAGCCCAAUGAUGGGCAGUGCCACGUUGGCAGUGACAACCAUUACUCUGCCUCUACUACCAUGGAUUAUCCCUCUUUGGGGCUGAUGACCGAAAAGCUGUCCCAGAAAAACAUCAAUCUGAUCUUUGCAGUGACUGAAGCAGUAGUCAAUCUCUACCAGAACUAUAGUGAGCUCAUCCCAGGGACUACAGUGGGGGUUCUGUCUGCUGAUUCCAGCAAUGUCCUCCAGCUCAUUGUUGAUGCCUAUGGGAAAAUCCGCUCUAAAGUCGAGCUGGAGGUACGUGACCUUCCCGAGGAGUUGUCUCUAUCCUUCAACGCCACUUGUCUCAACAACGAGGUCAUCCCAGGCCUUAAGUCUUGUGUGGGACUCAAGAUUGGAGACACGGUGAGCUUCAGCAUCGAGGCCAAGGUGCGAGGCUGCCCCCAGGAGAAGGAAAAGUCCUUUACCAUCAAGCCUGUGGGCUUCAAGGACAGCCUCACCGUCCAGGUCACCUUCGACUGUGACUGUGCCUGCCAGGCCCAUGCCGAGCCUAACAGCCGCCGCUGCAACAACGGCAACGGGACCUUUGAGUGCGGGGUGUGCCGCUGCGGGCCUGGCUGGCUGGGGUCCCAGUGUGAGUGCUCAGAGGAGGACUACCGCCCCUCCCAGCAGGACGAGUGCAGCCCCCAGGAGGGCCAGCCUGUCUGCAGCCAGCGGGGCGAGUGUCUCUGUGGCCAGUGCGUCUGCCACAGCAGCGACUUUGGCAAGAUCACGGGCAAGUACUGCGAGUGCGAUGACUUCUCCUGUGUCCGCUACAAGGGGGAGAUGUGCUCGGGCCAUGGCCAGUGCAGCUGUGGGGACUGCCUGUGUGACUCCGACUGGACCGGCUACUACUGUAACUGCACCACGCGCACCGACACCUGCAUGUCCAGUAACGGGCUGCUGUGCAGCGGCCGGGGCAAGUGCGAGUGCGGCAGCUGCGUCUGCAUCCAGCCGGGCUCCUACGGGACCACCUGUGAGAAGUGUCCCACCUGCCCUGAUGCCUGCACCUUUAAGAAGGAGUGUGUCGAGUGUAAGAAGUUCGACCGCGGAAUCCUGUACACGGAAAACACUUGCAACCGUUACUGUCGUGAUGAGGUUGAGUCUGUGAAGGAGCUUAAGGACACUGGCAAGGAUGCAGUGAAUUGCACCUACAAGAAUGAGGAUGACUGUGUCAUCAGAUUCCAGUACUAUGAAGACUCCAGUGGAAAGUCCAUCCUGUAUGUGGUAGAAGAGCCAGAGUGUCCCAAGGGCCCUGACAUCCUGGUGGUCCUGCUCUCAGUGAUGGGGGCCAUUCUGCUCAUUGGCCUUGCUACUCUGCUCAUCUGGAAGCUCCUCAUCACCAUCCAUGAUCGGAAGGAGUUUGCGAAAUUUGAGGAAGAACGAGCCAGAGCAAAAUGGGACACGGCCAACAACCCACUGUAUAAAGAGGCCACAUCCACCUUCACCAACAUCACCUACCGGGGCACUUAA